AUGUUUUGGACAGAACUGGCCUCUCCGAAAAAGCGCUAUUCGCCUCGUCCACAUUCUACCUUAGUUGAUGAGGAUUCACUAUGGCUGAACCCGAAUCUUGGAAACCGGCGUCAAUCCUCACCGAUCCAUCUGGAGGGCAUGUCUACAUCUGUUUCCAACACUAAUCACUCUACUUCCACUAUCCUAGCGGCUGCUACCGCCCUUUCCCGAUUUGGACAAUCGACGUCUAAGUAUGAAAUCAAUCCAAGGCUCAAACAAGGUUGCCAAGAUGACAGUAGAAUUGGCCUUUCUAGUUCAUCCAUCAUGGCUGUGAAUGAUUAUCAUGGAAACUAUGAUAAUAGUAAUAAAGGAAUUUCUAUGACGGAAGCUGCCUCUAUACACAAUUCCAAACAUUCCCAGAGUCACAGGACGAAAAAAGCUACAUCUACUUCCGACACAUCCGGUAACUCUUUGUCCAUUAUUAGUGUGCCUUUUAUGUGUGAUUGA